UGUUUUCAGCCUUGCAACCUGCCCACCUGGCUGUCCACCUGCGUGCAACAUGCACGUCUCACUCGUUUAAUAAAAUGUCUUUUGCUGACUGAGCUCUCUUCCUCUCAUCUUAACCGUGUAUAAUUUAAUCGCCUGCCUCAGACCGCCGUCUUCGAGCGCACCCCUCGUAACCCAAAAUGCGCAACUCAAACGGCCUCCGCACACUCGCUCUCCUCACGCCACCCCUCUUCAUCCUCCUCCCAUUCUCCAUAGUAGCCUUCUACCUGGACCGCACAUCCUCCAUCAUCCUCUCCCGCCAAACACCGCACGACUUCGAUGGCAGCCAAACAUUAACACUCUACGGACCCUUCGAACCCCCUUACACACUGGGUAACACUAAAAACUCGUACCUCGACAUUGACAUCCGAAUCAAUAACACCCCGACUUUUGUUACGAUAGGCACGUGUGUUUUCGGAUACAUAGUCGCUAUUCUCGGCGUUUGUGGGAUCUGGGAACUCCGAAGGGUCGAAGGAAGGUCUGGACAUCAGCGUGGUUGGAGUUGGACUCUUCUAGCAGCUUCGUUUCUGAGUUCUGUACUUUCGAUCACUGCGUGUGUAUACUCGAGCGCGGUACAGAGCUGGGAGAAGAAGUGGACGGGAUAUGAGGACGUUGCAAAUGAACAUGGGAAGCAUACAAAGGAGAAUUGGGCGUGUAUGGUGAAUCGAUGGUUUCCAAAUCAAGAUCAGGAUUGGGCGAGCGCAGCUUGUGGUUUUGGGAAAGCCGGCAGAUGGAUCCUAAUACCGCUCUCUCUAUCCUCUUUUCUGGUCAUGCUCUCUGCAUGGAUACUCGUCCGAGAGCGCGGCGGCGCGAAAUGGCUGUUUGGCGGGAAAGGCCGGUAUGGUGGCUUUGACAGUGUGUAUGAACUGCACUCGAAAAACCCCCCUCGGGCAGGAAAUUAUAACGCUGGCGGAAUGCAGCCUGUUAAUCCCUGAAAUAUUAACGUACUAAAUUGAUAGAUAAUGAAUCAAAUUGCUUUCG